UGUUUUAGACCCCGACAAGCCUUUUUAAGUGGCACAAUAUUAACGGGAUACUGUAAUCCUGGUUACGGCACCAUUUCAGGACCGAUAACUGCUACAUGUGAUGAUCAUUAUCAAACAAAAUUCUUUGACAUUUGCCAAGAACUUAUAAUGAACAUCGCUGUAGGAAAACCGGCAGCAGAAUCCAGCACUGCGGUUCCGGGGAGUCCAGCAGUUGUCGCUGUUGAUGGAAAUCGGGACACCAACUGGUUUAGUGGAUCAUGUACUCACACUGGCUUUAAUGAAAAUACGCCGUGGUGGCGAGUAGAUCUCCUAAAUAUUUACUACAUAGUAACAGUUAGAAUGUUAAACAGAGGAGACCCACCAAAUUACACUGCAAAUCGGGUAAGGUCUCAACUUCAAAGGGAUACUGGCUUUGAAGCGAGUGUCCAGAACACAAGGAAUCGACUGGACAGAUUUCACUUACAGGCCCGACGUCCUCGUGCCAUUCCCUGUUUGAGGGAUCGUCUCAUUAAGGAUCGACUCCGAUGGUGUCUUCGCCAUCAACGCUGGUAUUAUCGCCGAUGGAAUCACGUAAUGUUCUCAGAUGAGUCGAGGUUCACAUUGGACUUUCUAGACAAACACGUCUCUGAUCGCCUCCGUGAUGUAACUAUCACUGCCGGGAACACCACUUCAUCUCUAUCUUAUUCCGGUGGUUUCUUUGCCGGGCCCGGAAGUACAGGAGAACUUGUGACCGUCCAGUGUGCGCCCCACACAGUCGGGCGGUACGUUAAGAUACAGAUUGUUACAGAAUUUCGUGAUCCCAUUGUAGAUUUUACAGACUCCAAAAGUCGAAAAGACUACAAACUUUCUAUUAAUUAA